AUGAGUUUCAUGCCCAUAAACCCGCGGCCUAUGCUGCAAGACUUGGUCAACAAGGACAUCGUGGUGCGGCUCAAGUGGGGCGAGACCGAGUACAAGGGCAGACUCGUGAGCAUCGACAGCUACAUGAACAUCCAGCUCACCAACGCGCAAGAGUUCAUUGACCAGAAGUUCACGAGCGACCUCGGCCAGAUCCUGAUUCGGUGUAAUAACGUGCUGUGGAUCAAGGGCGCGGACGGCAGCGAAGGCGCCGGCGACGUGAGCAUGCAGGGUUAA